AUGGUUCUACAACCUUUGCACCACUUCAACUACCUAUCAGACGCGAACCACUUCAUGACCAAAAUCUGGAUGGCCUAUAACCACUGGUUCCAAGUACCCAAAGACAAGUUCAAAGAAAUUUCGACCGUUGGAAUCAAAUUAGAAGCUGCUAUUGCGGUAAUGGACGAUUUGGUGGACAAUUCGGUACUGCGUGCACGCAUCCCAACGUCCCAUUUGGUCUACGGAAGGUCCAGAACGAUUUACUCGAGCAUUUUUGGUACCAUUUCAGCAUUGACGAAAUUCGAUGACCCUAGGGUUAUGGAUGUAUUUAUUGCGAUGGGUGCAAAGCUGUGUUACGGGCAGGCCGUGGAAAUAUACUUUGCUAAAAAUGGGAUAUGCCCAACAGAAGACGACUACCAGAAAAUUGUCUUCAACAAAACAACUUCAGUUCUUUCGUUGUCGCUAACGGUGCAGCAAAUCUUCGCUACCCGGCUUAAGGGGGUCAAUUUUGACCUAUUCCUGGACCGAAUCGGACUCUUUUUCCAAAUUUGCAACGACUACAUCAGUCUGGGAUCUCGUAAAUACGCAGAGCUUAAAGUUUUCGGGGACGACAUAACAGAGGGGGUGUUUACUUUUCCGAUGAUACAUGGUAUAAGGGCGCGUCCUGAGGACCACCGCCUUAUGGACAUCCUGAAGCAAAGAACUUCUGAUUAUGAGGUGAAAGUACGCUUUGUUAAGUUGUUGGAAGAAUUUGGAAGCUUGGACUACACAUUACGAAGUUUGAAGAAAUUGAAGAGCGAAUGUGUAGAAGAAAUGAAAAAAAUUGCAGUGAAUCUGGAAAUGGAGAAAAUUCUGGAUGAUGCGUUGAAUUAUAUGGAAGAUGUUGUGAUGUAACACUGAGGUUUAUUUUUCCAGAAG